GAAAAGUACAGCUGUGGUUCCCUCGUGUACGGAUUACCACUCUGCGCGUCCUCGUUUAUAAUCCUUUUUUAAAGGGGCUCUGGUUGUUGGCCCUUCCUUAACCUUGUUUCCCAACACUCGCCUUAUACGCCAUGGACUCGCAGUUCGCAUCGUCGCGCCUCAUCUGGAGACACAAAGAUCCCAAGAGCUGUCGUGUGGAAGCCUUCAGGCAAUGGAUCAACAGAAAGCAUAGGUUGCACCUCAAGGACUACCAUGAGCUGCACAAGUACUCUAUCACAGACUACAUGUUCUGGCAGGACUUGUGGCAGUAUCUGAACAUUAUCUACUCGGUACCCCCUGAACAGAUCGUAACCGAGGGACGUAUGCCUGAGGUGCGGACCUGGUUUCCUGGUGCACGUCUCAACUAUGCCGAAAACAUCCUCCGUUUCAACGGCGACAGCAUUGCCGUCACUUCUGCCCGAGAAACUGGCUAUGUCAGACAGUACACGUUCAGAGAGCUCAGGGAGAUGGUCCGUCACCUUGCCUCCGCUCUGAGGAUGAACGGGCUCCAGAAGGGCGAUCGAGUUGCUGCCAUCAUUACAAACUCCAUUGACGCGAUCGUCAUCGCGCUCGCUGCAGUGAGCAUCGGUGCAAUAUUCUCCAGCACGGCUACGGAUAUGGGUGUCCAGGGUAUUCUUGACAGAUACCGUCAAAUACAACCCAAGUUUGUGUUCGCCGAGACGGAGGUGGUUUACGCUGGCAAGACGAUCGAUCUUAUGCCCAGGGUCAUAGAGGUUGUCCGUGACUUGCAGUCUCGCGGGCUCCAAGGCGUUGUCUUACUUCCAAGCACAAAGACUGGUGCAGAGCCGCAGAUACCCACAGGCAUUCCCAACUGCCGAACCCUUUCCUCCUUCCUGGCCGCCAGUGACGCUCGCCCUCUAACCUUCGAGCAACUCCCAUUCGACCAUCCGGUCUUCGUUCUAUACUCUUCAGGUACAACGGGCGUCCCGAAGUGUAUUGUACACUGCUCCGGAGGUCUGCUGCUUAACGGACUCAAGGAAGGAGCUUUCGCCUAUAACAUGGCUCUGGACGAAUGCUACUUCCAAUAUACCACUCCCGGCUGGAUGAUGUGGAACGCCAUGCUAAUCGCACUGGGACACGGAACGCGUCUCAUUGCAUACGACGGCUCGCCUUUCCAUCCCAGUGCACAAGCUUUCUUAAAGUUCAUCAGUGAUCAUGGCGCGACCAUCUGGGGCACCUCGCCUCGUUUCCUUAUGGAGUUGCAAGCCACCGGUAUCGAACCUCCAGAAAUACAAUCCAAGUCCCUCGGCAUGGCCGUCGAGAUCUACGACCCUGACGGGAAGAACAUCGAGGAUAUCGCCUUGCCUGGCGAACUUGUCUGCACGCGCCCGCACCCGUCGAUGCCCGUCCAUUUCUGGGCGGACAAGAAUGACGAGAAGUAUCGGAAUGCAUACUUCAACCGAUACCCUGGGGUCUGGCACCAUGGUGACUUCAUCGUCAAGAACCCGAAGACUCAGGGCUUCCUCAUCUUGGGCCGCAGUGACGGCGUCCUCAACCCGAGCGGCGUCCGCUUCGGCUCGGCCGAGAUCUACUCCGUGCUGGAUGUCUUCCGGGACGAGCUUGAGGAUACACUGUGCAUCGGACAGCGGCGGCCGGAGGACAAGGACGAGCGCGUGCUGCUGUUCGUGAAGAUGCGCCCCGGGAGGCGGUUCAGCGAGGAUCUCAAGAGGCGCAUACGCGACACGAUUCGCAAGGACCUCAGUCCGCGGCACGUGCCCUCGUACAUAUUUGAGAUUCGCGAUAUUCCUUAUACGGUGAACAACAAGAAGAUAGAGGUCGCGGUCAAGCAGAUCGUCUCCGGGUCGAAUUUGAAGCCCAGUGGGACGGUCGCGAAUCCGGAAUCGCUGGAGGAGUAUUACAAGUUCAGGCACCUAGAGAAGCUGGUGGAGAGUGAAGGAUCGAAGGCGAAAGCGAAGCUGUGAUGCAGGAAUCUGUUCCGGCUGUGCUAUCCUUCCGUGCUUUACGUGUCAAUCUUCUUGCGAAUUAUUCGCGCGUGGGAGCCACAGACAUGAAGAGCCGCGGCCUGACAUCCACGUCACGGACAUCGUAGCCUAUGAAGGACGCAUGCACGAGAUUGGCGAAUGAGUUGUGUUCUGAGUCUCACUUGCGCAAUGUUUGCCACUCUUGAUGCUCUUAGUAAGCCUCGGACAUGAGGUUGUUGUGUCACUAGUGAACUCUCGUGCUUCUUUCUGAUCAAAGCGGUCUCCUGUGGCGAAGCCCGUACACUAACACUAGUGCAGUCAAG